UCGAGUUCCUUCGGGGAACUAGGGUUACGGUCGUAACCUAGAGACGAUAAUAGCUAUGAUCCUAAAAUGCUUGCCAGAUUCCUACAAACCUUUCGCUAUCAAAAGUUCAAAAGCAAACUAAGAAGCUAUGAAGAGACAGAAAAUUUUGAUGAUAAACGCAAAACUGACAAUGUGAUGAAAGUGAACAUAGCAUCCGUAACCUGUUAUGGAUGUAGAAACCGUGGUCAUGUUGCACGUGAUUGCCACCAAAAAGGCGAACCUAAGUGUUGCAGCUACCAUAGAAGUUCAACACACAGUGAUAAGACGGAGAAAUGACUGGCACAAAGAUGAAGCGAAACAGGCUGCAGAAAAACAAGAGGAGCAUGAGAAAGAACAAACAUUUGUUUUCAAAGUCAGUCAAACUUUCGUUCCAGAUAAUAUUACAAAAAAUGGACUAAUGGUAGACUGUGGAGCAACAUCCCACAUCUUAACAGAGAAGAACAAUUUCACGAAAUUUGAUGAGAGUUUCGACCCAAAGUCACCCUACAUGGAGCUGGCGGAUGGAACCAGGAUGAACAACGUGGCAUUAGAGCGGGGCGACGCAGAGGUGUUACUGCUGGAUGUAAAAGAGAAAUGCGUCAGGAUCACGCUAAAGAAGGCCUUGUUCAUACCAUCAUAUCCACAGAGUAUCAUCUCUGUUCAAGCUGCUACAACAGAUGGUGCCAAGGUGAUCUUCCAGGAAGGACAGAAUGAACUGAUAAGCAAGGAUGGAGCUGUGUUCCGCAUAGAAGAGCAUGAGAGACUGUACUAUCUGAAAACGGGCAGUGUGUGGAGUUCCCCAAACCUAUAGAGAAGCCCUUAUAUCACCUGAUGCUCCCGGAUGGGAACAUGCUAUGAAGGAAGAGAUGGACUCACUUAAAGAAAAUGACAUGUUUGAAUUGACAACUCUACCAGAGGGCAGAAAGUCUGUAAGGGGAAAAUGGGUAUAUGCCCUUAAAGAAAAUGCAGAAAGAAGAAAAAUCUUCAAGGCUAGGUCCGAUCCACUCCAGAGUUUGUGGCCUGCCCUAGCCUGGCUGAUCCCACCUCCUUCACGAUGACAUCAUCCACCAGUUUCCUAUUUAAGGAGGAAGAGGUGAAGCAAUCGGAGAGUUGUUGUGGUGGCGUUUUGACUGGUUAUUUUGGUGUUUGGGGUAUAGCUUGGUUGUUGUUUAUUGUGAUUUUGACCUCUGCCUGUUACUGACCUUGAGUUUGUUUAGCCCUUGGACUACUGUUGGUUGUAUAUAUUUCUUUUGUAUUAUAAUGUAAAAUCCUUGUUCACUGUACAUAUUCAUGUCACUGGCAUUAGGGGUGUGGCUGCCAUUUACUUUGGGUGAGGGAUUGUUUUGUCUUUGUUUUUGAAGCAGGGAGUUAGGGAAGCUGUUUGUACUUUCCUUUUCUUUGUUUUAAGGAAAGGUAGCUUCCCCAAAAUAGUUCUUUUUUUUAUUAUUGUUUUGGCCUUGGCCCAUCCUGAAGACAAGCCUGUAAGUCUGUGUACAUAUAUAUGUGUUACAAUAUACCAAAACCUGGGUAGCAAAACUUUUUGUGUGUGUUUGUGGUCAAUUUAUAAGAUCCAUUCUUUUGAAUCCCGAGCUAAAUACUCUGUCCGGCCUAACCCUAGACUGGGUCGUAACACCUUACAGAUACUACAGGUGUUGUAUUGUAUACUGGUGAAUCUCUGCUGUUAGUUUGCUUGGUAGGAGCGCGGCACUUAGUAGGGGCAGGAACGUGGGAUGAACAGCAAAAGCAUAGAAUUAACAACAGCAGGAUCAAGGGGGGAAUCUGCAAAAUACGAACUUGCAAAAUAGCAGGGUGUUCAAAUACUUAUUUUCCUCACUGUAUCUAGGAAGAUUUAUGAGUGAUUGAAUGUGGAAUGUGGAAUGUUGAAUGGUUAAAAAUGCCCUGGGGUUUUUAGUGAUUUUGCCUUUACUUGUCUCCAUAGACAGGGACACUUUAGGUAAAAAAAAAUUGAAAGAUUGAGCAAACCUAUAAAGAAAAAUGUUUUAUGAGUGUUUGAAUAUGGAACAUGAUUAAAAUGCACUGAGGUUCUGAGUGAUUUUGCCUUUACUUUUCUUCAAAACUCCACAGUAAAAUGAGUUGAAAUAACAAUAAGAUUUAUUUGAAAGAUUAAACAAACCUAUAAAGAAAAUUGU